AUUUCCCAGCAGCUUCAAACGGUCAAAUAUUAGAAUUUGUUUUUCGUCUGUCGCCCGCCAUCAUCAUCUUCUACCAAACAGAAUCAAAACUAUAUUUCCAUUUACUUAAUACAAAAGUCUUAGUCAAAUGUCUUCUCGUGCUUCAUAAUCGAAGCAAACAAAAUAAAUAUAAUCACUUUGCAUUUAAUAUUGUAAUAUUUAAUUCUUCAAUUCCUUAGUUUCUGUUAUUAUUACUUAUCAUCUUCUUCUUUUCUUCUUUGACAAAAAAAAAAAAAAACACAUAAAUGGAUACUCAUCUGUUCUUGCCAUCCCAUGUACACUCCAUGAUCACCCUCUUCUUUCUCUUACUUUUUGUUUCAUCAUCUUACUGUGAAGAUGAUAAGCACUAUACAGAGUGCAGGAAAACCUUUUCAUGUGGAAAUUUACAUGGUCUUUAUUAUCCUUUUUGGAGCGAUGAAAGGUCUAAAAUAUGUGGUGACCAAAGGUUUAAGCUCCGCUGCGAAGAAGAUCAAUUUCCUGUUCUAAGUAUCACAAAUCAAGAUUUUCGGUUACUGUCCGUUGAUGACUUCGGACGAAUAACGAUUACAAUCGUUCGAAUGGAUUUAUUUGAAAGUAUUUGUCCGGUGAAUAUCGCUGAAAUUCGUCCGAUUACUAUCGACAAUGCUCUCUUUUUAGAUGAACAGGAGGUUCAAAACGUUACUCUAUUCUACAAUUGCUCAGCGGAAAAACCUCCUUUUCCAAACUACAGAUUUUCAUGUGAUGUAAAUGGAGAAGAAAGGCCUGCAUAUUAUGCGACUGGUGAGUGGGAGAUAGACCACCUUUCCAACUAUUGUAACAUCGAAUUGCAGGUCCCGAUUUCUGCAUAUCGUAUCGAAAUUAUUUGGAACGGGCUUCGAAAUUUUGAGAGAGUUUUGAAAGCUGGAUUUAAUGUUGUCUACAAGCCCGAUGAAAUGUGCGAGAGAUGUAGCGAUUCAAGUGGGAUUUGUGGUACCAACUCCACUACUUCCAGAUUCACCUGCCUUUGCCAUGAUCGUCCUUAUCCUAUGAAUUGUCCUAACGUUGAUAGUCGAAGGGUGACGCUCAAAGUCGUUAUUGGUAUUGUGGCAGUCGUUGUGGUACUUGGAAUUUUAGUCACUUGUGGUGGCCUCAUUUAUUGUCGGAAAAAGAUUCCAACGGUUUUCCUACGGAGUAAUAACCAAGAUUUUGAGGCCUUUCUAGAAAAUCAUGGGCCUCUAUCUGUGAAAAGAUACAGCUUCUCAGAAGUGAAGAAAAUGACCAAUUUUUUCAAAGAUAAACUUGGCCAAGGAGGCUAUGGAAUUGUGUACAAGGGCAAGCUAAAAGACGGACAUUUUGUAGCGGUAAAGGUCUUGAAUGCUUCUAAAGGAGAAGGAGAAGAAUUCAUCAAUGAAGUUGCAAGCAUUAGUAGAACUUCUCAUAUUAAUAUUGUCACUCUUUUAGGGUUUUGCCUCGAGGGUCAAAAACGAGCUUUAAUUUAUGAAUUCAUAUCUAAUGGGUCUCUUGAAAAUUUCAUAUGCUCGCAAGGUAUUUUGAAGAGUGAUUAUCAUUUAGGAUGGGAAAUUAUGCACGAAAUUGCAAUUGGAAUAGCUCGAGGAUUAGAGUAUUUGCAUCGUGGGUGUAAAACAAGGAUUGUGCAUUUCGACAUAAAGCCUCACAACAUUCUUCUUGAUGAAAAUUUUUGCCCAAAAAUUUCAGAUUUUGGACUCGCAAAACUAUACACCAAAAAAGAAAGUAUACUAUCAAUGUUAGAGACUAGAGGAACUAUUGGGUAUAUAGCACCGGAGGUUUUCAGCAGAAACUUUGGUGGAGUUUCGUACAAGUCUGAUGUUUAUAGCUAUGGAAUGCUGGUCUUAGAAACGGUUGGAGGGAGAGAGAAAGAUGAGGUCGGGACAAAUGAUAGUAGCAAUGAGAAAUAUUUUCCAUACUGGAUUUAUAAGCGAAUUGAGUUGGGAAAUGAAAGCAAAUUGUAUGGAGAGACUUCUACGGAAGAGAAAGAAAUUGUUAGGAAAAUGACAUUGGUUGGUUUGUGGUGCAUACAGACAAAUCCAUCUGAUAGGCCAUCAAUGAGUAAGGUUAUAGAAAUGUUAGAAGGAAGCUCAGAAUCCCUUAAAAUCCCACCAAUGCCUUUACUAUUUUCUACUCCAGAAUCUCCUCCACUCUGUUCAUUCACUACAUCAACAGCCUGAUGUUAUGCAUUUUAUUUAUGUUUUCUUUGGUUUGAAUGAAUAUACAAACUUAAACUGACAAAAACACAUCUUGAAAUAUACAAAACUCAUUUUAUUUAUCGUUCA